ACAGCCGUAAAGCAAGAAAUUUGUAGAGCUUGAAGGAUUUCUGAUAUUUAUGUGUAUAAUGUAAGAGAAAAUAGAUAAUCCAGAGAUAUAUGUUAAGUGAAUUAACAGUGCAUUAUAUAAUAGAUUCAUUGAAUUAGAUCAUUGUUGUGCAUAAAAAGAUUUAUACUUCCCUAUGAAUUUACUUAUAGUCCAUUUUUCCAAGUCACUAAGAUGGCUCUCCUAUAAUAGCAUUGAUAUAAUUAGACGAUAUAAUCAUGCAUCAAAUAAAAAGUAUAACACAUCAUCAACAAUCAAAUCAAACAAAUUUCCAGAUUAUAAAAUAAUUUAUAUGCUUCCUCAAAUCAAAUAUCCUUAUUUUUUCAAUAAACUGAAGCGAAAUUACACAAUUGCUACGGGUGCAUUUAUACCAGUGACUACAUCUUUAGAGAUGUUAAAUUACAUGACACCCACGGAAAAUUUAUGUUUUACAGCUUGUAAUUGUUUGUUUGUCCUUACAUUACAUACUAUUGGUUUUAUGUGUAAUAAUUUAGUUGGAACAAUAUAUAUAAAAGAUAAAGAUGAUUCAGAAAAUCAAAAUAUAAUAAUAUCAUAUAUAAAUUAUUGGGGUAAAAGAAUAGAUGUAAGGACAACUGUCGAUGAUAUUAUUCCUUUCACAGAAAAUAACAGGAAUACUUCUAAUUCAAUCUAUAAAAUCUUAGGCAUUCAGUCUUGCAAACUAAAAUUAACAGUAAAUACAAAACAUGGAAUAAUCAUAGAACCUAGUUUUUCUAAUAUUAUUGGAUAAUCUUCAAUAAUAUUUAUUCCCUUGAUUAAAUAAAUAUUAUUACUACAAAUAAAAAGCAAAUUUAUUUUUA